AUGUCGACAACCAAACCCCUCACCCCCGCCCAGACACACGCUCUCUUUGAUAUCCUGAUCCACCACCAGGUCUACGCCGAGAUUGAAGCCUUCAAAUACCCCUCGACUAUCGACCAGUAUGGCUAUCCGUUUCGCAAGGCCGACGGCGUGCAGUCGACGAGCCCGUUGCUACAGAACAUGCUCAACAAAUUUGCGCUGUGUAACCCCGCUAUCAGGAACUUUGGAGAGGCGUGGUGGUCUGAAAAGAUCCAGACGCUAGUCGCAAAAAUGGCCGAAGCCGAACUGAGCGAGAGUUACGACAAGGGCGCUAUUGGUAGCAGGAAAGCGCUCGCAACGGCAGCAAGUAGCAUUGCCGAGUACGUCGCGAGGGGCAUGCUGGGAGGUUACUCGAGGAAGCAGAAGGAAAGCAAGAAAGAGUAUGAUACCAGCAAACCCAAGGAUGUCAUUCAGGGUUUCGAAGACCUGGUACACGAGUCGAUUUACGGCAAUGCUCUCGAUGAACUGUAUGAGAAGGUCAAGGCGACUCCGAGACUCGAAGACCAUUCGAGUAGUCUACAAGCAGCACAUGAGUAUAUGCUGCUGAACGCUGCCUCUUUCCUCCACCAUGUCUUUAUCAUGUCGCCCGACGGCCAGUACCUUGUCCGCCUCCUCGAGAAUCUGCACCGCCUCAUUCCAUACACCGUAAUCAAGCAAACACUGCGCGUUGGUAAUGCCGCUACCAUGAUUAACGGCAUGGUCAGGCUGGUCCUGGCAAAGUUGUCUGUGACAGCUAUGACUAACUGGAUAGGUCUUACCAAUAAUACGAACGACGGCAUGAACCUCUUACAACAAAUCAUUUCUACGGUGCUAGCAUGGGAUACAUCGGAGUUUCAGAAACGGGCAACUAAACUCGAGGCAUCGCGCAACGCUCCGGACAAGAGGGUUUUCAAAGCGAUCAAGACGUUUGUAUACGCACCGAGAGAAAGGCAUGAAGCUGCACGAAGUCAGUCAAUCUCGGAAUCCAAGUCGAUUGCGGCAGUUAUUCUUGAGACCUCUGAUCCACCGUACAAGGUUGAUGCCGAAUCCCUCAAUGAAGACCAACACAGCGUGGCCAUGGAGUACUUCAGCACGUAUCUCUCUAUUCGCGACCGCGAGGAACUCACAAAGGUGCUUUGUAAAUCCAAUCCAGAUGUCUUGACUUCUACAAUUCGCGACGCCGUCGCAGGCAUGGAUCCUGUUAUCCGGGCCAUCCAUAAUGCCGUUGAUCUAUCUGGCACUGUCACUGAUGCUGAGGCUUUCAUUACCGAUUUGAUCAAAACUGCCAAACCCAAGAAGAAGGGUGGCUACCGAAGCCGCGAGGCUUCCAAAUCGCGUCCAAGCUCACCCGAUCCAGCUAGUAUCUUGGAUCAAGAAGCAUGUGACGCUCCUACAGUUGAGGAGUUUGUACAACUGCUCAAGAGGCAUGCGCCUUCGGUGCACAAGUUCCUACACCAGGUCACCAAGAACGCACCGGAUCUUGGGCAGGACUUCCUAAUCUACGCCAAGCGCAUAUUCUCAGAGUUUCGAGUCGACCAACGUGCACUAGAAGCCGAAGAACGAGGUGAGGGUGGUGCAGGAAACAUGACGGGACCAUUACACUCCAUAUUCGAGACUCUAAGCAAAGAAAAGCAAGAGGAGCUAAAAAGGCUCCUCGACAAACACGAAGAGCAUCUCACAGCCCUCAAAUCAACAUCGCAAUCUCGCCUAGAAUCAAUCAUGCGACCAAAACCCUCAUCACCAAACAGCCAAGGCACAACCCAUGGCCCGGGAAUGUACCUCUCCCGCUGGAACGCCCUCCUCGACAGCACCCUCAUCACCCCCGCCACCAUCCAUGGUCCCGUCCGCAGAGGCUGGGAAGUCAAAGGUGAACUUGAUGGUAAAGGUUUGAAAACAAAUACUACAUUGUUUAGUGAGAGGAGCAGCAAGCGUGACCGCAUUACCGCUAUGAUGGCGGAUGGGACUGGUGAUCGGAUUGAGAGGAGGGAACGUAAGCGGGAUGGGCUGGAGGAAGAGAGCAUGGAAGUUGUGUGGGAGAGUUUGAGAGAUGGCUGGGUAGGGGUUUGUAAGGGGUUGGAAGUUAUGGGGCCGGAAUAG